AUGUCUGUCUCCCCUAUCCUUGAGACUUUGGUCAUACCGGACAUCUUCAGUGAGCAGGCCUGGAAUAGACUCGGUGGGGAAGACGAUCUCGAGUCGCCUCUUCUUUUGCUGCUACGUCGCGCCAAUACCGAGCUUUACCAUAAUGCACCUUCAUACGCAUACCAUCUUCAACGCAUCCAUUGCAUCAUGGUCAAAACCUUUAUGUAUCGCAAUGAAGUAUAUUACCACAGAACAGACUCGCUUAGGGAAGGUGAUAAUCGAGGCUUUGACUCUUAUGACGAUGGCGUUGGUCAGGAGGAUGCAUGGUGCGCAGGAUCACCACUCCCGCAUGAAAAACCCGAUCUGGAUGAAUCUUGGGAGAAUCGCCCAGGCGCCGGCUUUUGGGAGCGCAAGGGCUCCCUCAAAGACUUCACGGCAUUGAAGUAUUUGGAUAUUGGCGUUCAUCUCUUGUGGCUCUUUGCAAUCGGCCUGGGAGAUCCGGGGUGGAAAGUGGAGGAAGGAUUUUCCCUGCUCGAUAGUCUGCCUCCCAAUCUCGAACAUCUUUCCAUCAGAGGCUAUUUUAGAGGACAGUUCGAAAGGCUUGACAAGCUCAUUCAAAAACUGACAACAGAAAGACACAGGCAACCCCCGAGCUUGAAGACUCUCAAGGGUAUCGACUAG